AAAGCGCCCUAAGUCAAAGAGACAAGCAGACAGCCUGUACCGCGCUUUAUAUCAGUCUGUUUCUCUUAUGUUGUGUCUAUGCCUGUACGGCUGCAUUUUGGUUAUGUUCGUAUGUUGUGAUUUGAUUUAUAUCAAUGUAUAUACGUAGCCUGUGAAUUCCGGAUCAUAUACGUAUACACUUAUGUUGCCAUAUAAUCGGAAAUAAAAUUACAUCAAAGAACAGAAUGGCAGAUCAAAAAAUUAUUCUAGUCACAGGAGGGAGUGGUUUGGUUGGUAAAGCAAUUCAAUCUGUAGUACAAACUGAAAAUCCAAGCAAUGAAAAGUGGAUAUUUGUCAGUUCAAAAGAUGCUGAUUUAUGUGACAAAAAAAGCACGGAGAAAUUAUUUGAAAAACAUAAGCCAACACAUGUCAUUCAUCUUGCAGCUAUGGUUGGAGGUUUAUUUCAUAAUAUGGCACACAACUUGGAUUUCUUACGUAAUAAUCUGCACAUGAAUGAUAACGUUCUCCAAACAGCACAUGAAUAUGGCGUUGUAAAAGUUGUAUCUUGUCUUUCCACUUGCAUUUUCCCUGACAAAACAACUUAUCCAAUUAAUGAAACAAUGGUUCACAAUGGACCACCUCAUCCAUCGAAUUAUGGAUAUAGCUUUGCCAAAAGACUAAUAGAUGUUCAAAACAGGGCUUACCAUGAUCAGCAUGGCAGACUUUACACCAGUGUCAUUCCUUGCAAUGUUUUUGGACCGCAUGAUAAUUUUAAUCCAAGUGCAAGUCACGUCAUUCCAGGAUUAAUGAGAAAAUUAUAUGAUCUCAUAAAAGAUGGCAAUACAGAAGAUAAAGUUUUCACAGUUUUAGGAACUGGAAAGCCUUUAAGACAAUUUAUAUACAGUAUUGAUCUAGCCAAACUUUUUAUCUGGGUUCUUCGAGAAUAUAACUCGGUUAAUCCGAUAAUAUUAUCAGUCGAUGAGUCUCAAGAGGUCACUAUAGCCCAGGCAGCUGAGGCUCUGACCAAAGCUUUCGAUUUUAAGGGGAAGAUCGUCUUUGACACGUCAGCAGCCGACGGACAGUACAAGAAAACGGCGAGUAACACGAAACUUCGUAAAUUUCUCCCGGACUUUCGUUUCACACCUUUCGAGGAUGCUAUCAAGGAGACGGUCGAAUGGUACAAGAAGAAUUACGAUAAGGCCAGAAAUUAAUGGCAGUGAUCAUUACUUGGUUGAAUUCCUACGACUCUUAGGCACCUAGGAGUGAGAGAUGAUAUUUUUUUAAGAGCUAAAGACUUGUAUAGGAAAGUUAUGAAACUGUAUUCGUUAUAAUGAAAUAAAUUAUUGCAAAUUUAUAUUUGGAAACAAAA